AUGGCCGCCGCCGACGACGACCUGAUGUCGUCUCACAGAUCACACAGAACUCAAAGAUCAGGUCCACCAGGAGUCGGAAAAUCUCUCGUGAUUAAGUCCCUUGUGAAACACGUCACGCACCAGACUUUACCUGAGGUUAGAGGACCAAUCACAAUCGUAACAGGUAAAGAUAGAAGAAUACAGAUCGUGGAGUGUCCGAAUGAUAUCAAUGGAAUGAUUGAUUUAGCCAAAGUUGCUGAUUUGGCUUUACUUGUUAUAGACGGUAGCUAUGGUUUUGAGAUGGAAACUUUUGAGUUUCUCAAUAUAAUGCAAGUUCAUGGUUUUCCUAAAGUUAUUGGAGUUUUAACUCACUUGGAUAAGUUUAAAGAUCCUAAAAAUCUGAGGAAGACUAGACAACUACUCAAGCAUAGGUUUUGGAAUGAGACUCAUGGUAGUAAGUUGUUUUAUUUGUCUGGUCUUAGUGAGACUCAUGGUGGUAAGUACUAUUCGUCGAAGGAAACUCUCAAUCUCACUCGGUUUAUUAAGUCGGUUAGCAAGUUACCUCCGUUGAAAUGGCGAGCAACGCAUCCUUAUUUGUUGGCUGAUCGUUUUGAAGAUGUUACUCAUCCGGAGAAAGUUGAAUUGGAUAAGAAAUGUGAUAGGAAUAUCGCCUUGUAUGGUUACUUGCGCGGUUGUAACUUGAAACAAGGGAUGAAUGUUCAUAUAGCUGGAGUUGGUGAUUACGGUUUAUCUGGUGUUACUGUCUUAUCUGAUCCUUGUCCUUUACCAUCCAAGAAUAAGAAGGGUUGA